AACGCGUUACUUUCCAUUCAGAGAGUAAUCAGAGUAAUCCGAGCAUCUGUUGAGCUUUAACGGUCAGAGUUUGUCUCGGAUUUACAGUUUUAGUUCAGCGGUUAAACUGAUGAAAGACUCGUGCACGUGGAAAUGUUCCGUCUUUAGUUGAAUCUUUAAAACUUUGUUCCAGUCACACUUCAAGUUUGUCAUAUUUUGCGUUGGUUGUGACGGAGAAACUGCCGCCGCUCCCGCCGCCGCUCCCACCGCCGCUGCCGCUCCCACCGCUGCCACCGCCGCGCGGCGUUUCCACAGUAAAAGCUGCAUCAGUCGCGUCGCAGAGGACUCAGGUGGUUUAUGUCGGUUUUAACACCUGAGUCACACUGUGAGGACACUCAGCAGGUGCUUUACCUGUAACUGUUCUCUGUUCAGAGCCUCGUUUAUACAACAUGAAGCCAAAUAAAAUUAGGAUCAGUCAUAUUUUCUGCCUGCUAUGCACGAUGUGACUGAAAAACAGGUUGAAAUCAUUUUCUUGUUGUUUAUUAUGGGAUGUCACAGUAGGUUGGGGGUUAAAACCGGCUUGAAUCUGUCUUCUCUUCUGUAAUUUCCUCUAAUCGCUCAGAUAUUUACGAAUAUAUUAAUUCCUCUGUAAAGGCACCAAAUGAACGAGUAACAGCAGGUUUUUAUGUUGCAGCUUCAUGAGGUAGUCAGCAUGCUGGUACUGUCUAUUUACAGUAUCACAUGCUGGUACAGUCUAUAUGUUGGCACAGUAUAUUUAAAGUGACAGUACGGUAGAGUGUACGCGCGGGUACAGUAUUUACAGUAUCAUAUGCUGGUAUAGUCUCUUGAUAUAAGUAUUUACAGUAACACAUCAUGGUGCAGUCUACAUGCUGGUACAGUGUAUUUACAGUAACAUGCUGGAACAGUGUAUUUACAGAGACACAUGCUGGAACAGUCUACAUGCUGGUGCAGUGCAUUUACAGUAACACAUGGUGCAGUCUACAUGCUGGUACAGUGUAUUUACAGUAACACAUGCUGGUACAGUGUAUUUACAGUAACACAUCAUGGCGCAGUCUACAUGCUGGUGCAGUGUAAUUACAGUGACACAUGCUGGUGCAGUGUAUUUACAGUGACACAUGCUGGAACAGUCUACAUGCUGGUGCAGUGUAUUUACAGAGACACAUGCUGGAACAGUCUACAUGCUGGUGCAGUGUAUUUACAGUGACACAUGCUGGAACAGUCUACAUGCUGGUACAGUAUAUUUACAGAGACACAUGCUGGAACAGUCUACAUGCUGGUGCAGGGUAUUUACAGUGACACAUGCUGGAACAGUCUACAUGCUGGUACAGUGUAUUUACAGUGAUGAGCUGUGUGUCUCUGCAGCUGUUUGCUCGUCUGGAGGCUCGUCGCUGUCUGAAGGACAUUGAACCUCGUCUGUUUCCUGAAGAUGGAGGACCUGACCAUGGUGAGGUGGUGGAGCUGUAUGGAGCAGAAGGAACAGGUAAGACAGAGCUGCUCUACCAUCUGCUGUGUCGCUGCGUGUUGCCGGUGGCAACUGGCGGUCUGGAGGUGGAAGUUGUGUUCAUCGACACCGACUACAGUCUGGACAUGUUACGACUGGUCAGCAUCCUGGACAGCAGACUGAAUGCAGCUCGUUCGACCGGCUCUCCCUCGGCUGGUUCAGAUGAGGUGGUGUUGCGUUCGUGUCUGUCUCGCCUCCUGGUUGUCCACUGUCCGUCCUCCUCCCAGCUCCUCCUCACCCUCCACUUCCUGGAGACCUCCUUGUCAUCGCGGCCUGGCCUGGCACUCCUCCUCAUUGACAGCAUCUCCGCUUUCUAUUGGCUGGACCGCUGUGAGGGCGGGGCCAGCAUCGCCAAGCAGGAAGAGAAGCUCGGCAAGUGUGCGGAGCUGCUGGGUCGACUGCUCAGGGAUUACAGAAUCACUGUCUUCGCCACUUGCCAUGCCAUCAGGAGGAGCUACAGUGGCCCUUCCUCCUCCUCCUCCUCCUCCUCCUCUGAACACGACAGGCCAUACCUUUGUCGCCCCUGGCAACGGCUGGUGACCCACCGGCUGCUGUGCUCCAGGCAGGAGGCUGCAAACAACACAGCCGCCACGGCAGGAGGCGGCAAGGAGCCGAGGAGACAGCGGGUCUUCACCGUCCACUGCAGCUCCUCCUCGUCCUCCUCGUCCAGGACGAAGGCCUGCAGGAGCAGCUCGUUCUGCGUGACGGAUGGAGGAGUGGAGUUUCUGUGAAGCGUCACAGGACUGUAGCCAGUCUGUACAGCAUGUGGUCAGUUCAUGUGCUGCAGGUCGAACCAUCUGUGUGCUUCAUUCUGAUCAUCUUCAUGUUCAGGUACAUACUGUGUACUUGUGUUUGUGUAUAAAUACAUUUGUCAGAGGUCAAUAAAGGUUUAUUGUGA